ACUAAUUACUAACUUACUAACUUAAUUACUAGCAAUGGUAUCGACUCAGACAUCUCUGACAUGUGCUAGAAGCGACAACCUUCUCCCCCAGUCUCUACUCUUCAACAUCAUUACCUCCAAACUAGCUGAGGCUUUCGAGAUCACUAAUCUUCACGCUAAACUCUGUGAUUACACAGAUAACUUGAGGUCUAUCAAGAAGGAGCCGAAUCAGCCGACCUACCAGUUCACCUGUAACUAUCCAGACAGACCUCACUUGGACCUGGUAAUCCCCACUAGCUGUGAUCACAGCCCCAUCGACAGGGGAUGUUUUUCUCCUAACACCUUCCUGCCAAGAAAGCGCCAGCGCUUGCACUCAACUCUAUCACCAGCCAGCGCUAUCCAAGAAACUAUCGGACUAUCAGCACCAGCCUCAUUCACCUGUCCUAACUGCAAAUCAACCUACAAAAGUUUAGGAGGUCUGAACUACCAUGUACAGAGGUGUCAGAAUAUGGUAUACAACAAGCCUCUCACUACAGCCUGUAAACAACUCUCAUUCGAGCCGGAUAACCCUACAUUCGCGGGGGACGAGCCUGUUGGAACAGACACAACUCAUAGUGACCUUAUAAGUAAUCACUCCAAACUCAAGUCAACUGUUAUAGAUUCUCAGAGUGGAAUCACAUUUAUAACUGAAAGAGAACAAGAAACUGAAGAUUGUACAGAUGAGGUUAUGGUCGCGUAUCUGGUGGGAAAUUGUGAUACUUUAGUGCAGGAUAAACAGCUCAACUCCACAGAAGCUGAGGAGAUGGGAUCUGAUGAAGUGGGAUCUGAUGAUUCGUCAGACAAUGCGACUAGAAAUGAUGAUUCGUCAGACAAUGCGACUAGAAAUGAUGAUUCGUCAGACAAUGCGACCAGAAAGUCAACAAGGAUAAAAUCAAGGACACAGCGGCAGAUAAGAAGCAAGGUGCUUCUAGACAGGAUAAAGCAGGCUAAAAGACAGACUGCUACUAGAAAUCAUAAGAAAGAUAAAAAUGCGCGUGGCAGGCCAAGGAACUCCUCGACUUCCAAAACAACAAAAAAUUUGGUUGAAAACAAACUUUCAAAAGAGAGUCCCAAGCUAACCUUAAAGAAACGUUUAAACGAGAUAAAGAGUAAAGAUUUACCAAGUCAGGGAGCCUCAAAACGUUCUGUUAUUAACAAGCCGAAUAAGAGGUUAAAUGUCAAAGUUGAAGUACCCUCGAAAGAAAAGAUUGCUUCUAAUGACAAGCCUCCUGAAAUAAAACCUAGUGUACCCUGCAAAUAUUGUCUCUGCGUGUUUCAGUCGAAGUGGAACACUAAGAGACACGAGUAUACGGUACACGGUGUCGGCACCCCACUAACUAGCGACGAUCUGGCAUCCCGCCAGACCGGGUCGGAAUGCCAGGAAUGCAGUACUGGGAGUGUUACCAUGGUAACUGAGAGCACUGUCUCUUCUGCUAACAUACCAGAUGACGAGACUACGUGGGUAUGCGGAAUAUGUGGUAAGAACCUCCUCCACAGGGACCAGUUAGUGGAACACAGGAAGAUACAUGAGAAACUGCAGCCUCCCAUACCUCAGGGACAAGGGAUGUUUGUGUGUCAGGUGUGUUUUAAGAAGUAUGAAAGUGGAAUAUCUCUAAUGAACCAUGUUAACAGACAGCACAACCCAUCCCUUACUUGUUCUCUUUGUUACAAGAUAUUCUCCUCCCAAAUAGCGCUGAGCUCUCACAGCUGUAGCUCUGAUAUCCAGAUAUCGUGUAGACAUUGUCCCAAGACCUUCAAAAGUCACUCCGACCAUAUAAAGCACGUACGGAAUGUACACGCCUCCCUCACACAUUCCUUAAACCAGAGCGCUUGUAAACUGUGCGACUACACUUUCUCUUCGGCUCUUAAGUACCGGGUUCACCAGACAAUCUCCCAUCCGACCCACGACAUGCUGUGUCAACUAUGUAACACGACUCUACUAUCACGUGACCAGCUUAUAGAGCACGUGCACAAACACCACGCCACCCUUCCUUUCCUCUGCACUGUCUGUGAGAAAGGGUUCAGUAACCAGGACAGUAUGACCAAACACAGGAGCGAACAUUUUAAGUGAUCACGUGUUUAUGUUUUGUUGUUUGGACGAUUUAUUGCAAAAUCCUGAGAUUUUUGUUUUAUUAUGUCAUCCGACAAAUGUGAUAGCCGAUAAAUUAUACGUAUUUGUUUUAAAUAAAUCAUUAACUAUAUUAUUUCAAAUAUUAUGAUGUUUUGGUUAGUUUUUGUUUACAUGCAUUCUAAGACCGG